CAGAGGAUUUACCUACUGCUGUUUUAGAUGAGUGGACUCCUCAUAGAUCGGGGUUGUUCGAAACCGGAGAAAUUACCCGCUACUACCUUCCUAGUGCCAAAACCAUUUUCUGUGGCAGUGACUCGUUUGGCUGGCUUGCACCAUUGCAGUCGCACAUUUUGAGACUCUCGAUGUGCCGGUCAUGCGGUUUUGGUCUCCUGCCCUCACACAGCUUAACCACUGACUGAUUUGGACGGCGUCGCCAUGCCGCUCAACAAGCAGAGGAAACUCAAGACUUUUACACUCCUGUUUUUUAUCAUUUCGUUUACCACCUUCCUUUUCACUUACACCUUCCGAGACCCGUCGCUCUACUUCUUCAAGUAUGCCCUUCGCUUAUCCGACAACUUUUUCUCCAAGGGCCCGUGCGCCUGUCCACGCUGUAUGAUGGAGCCGGAGGAUGACCCCUGGUUCGCGGAGCGCUUCAAUCAGUCCGUGAAUCCUCUCAUGACCAGGGACAACAGCGUCCUGUCUGACGAAACCCUCGCAUGGUGGCAGUGGUUGCAGUCAGAGAGGAAGCCGACCAACUUCCACAAAGUGGUGAGGGACGUUUUCCACUUCAUCCCCGAUGAGGCGCUUUACAUGGACGCUGGCCCCGAACGCUGCCGGACCUGUGCUGUGGUGGGGAACUCGGGGAACCUCAAGGGAUCGCAAUAUGGUGCCAUUAUUGACUCCAGCGAUCUCAUCAUAAGAAUGAACCAGGCCCCGACAAUGGGCUUCGAAAAGGACGUUGGCUCCAGAACCACUCAUCAUUUGAUGUACCCGGAAAGUGCCGUGGACCUCGACAGCACCACUCAUCUGGUGCUGGUCCCGUUUAAGACCCUGGACCUCCAGUGGCUCAUCAGCGCAUUAACAACAGGCACCAUUAAAGAAACGUACAUGCCUGUGAAGACCACGAUAAAGGCAAACAAAGAUAAGGUGCUGAUUUACAGUCCCGCGUUUUUCAAAUAUGUCUAUGACAACUGGCUCGAGGGUCACGGGCGGUAUCCUUCAACCGGCUUUCUCAGCCUAAUGUUUGCCAUUCAUAUCUGUGACAAGGUGAGCGUGUUCGGAUUUGGCGCGGACCAGCGUGGAAACUGGCAUCACUACUGGGACGACAAUCACCUCGCCGGAGCCUUCCGCUUCACGGGCGUCCACGACGGAGACUAUGAGUACAACGUCACCCUGCUGCUGGCAGAUAAACACAAAAUCCGAAUGUUUAAAGGGCGGUCGGGCCCGGUCCAGUGACCAGGGCGUGGCAGAUAAGAAGACAAACAAACGUGGGUGUGUAUUAGGGGGUGUGUGAGCGACUUUCGGUGUGGAGCUCCACCGUGGGCCAUCGCAGUGUUCCUGCGCUGGUGCUUUACAUUCAUGGGCAUGCAGCGCUGCUGCUGUGCAGUGAAGGGGAGCCCCCCCCCCCACCAAUCUGGAAAAAACAAGAUGCCUUUGAAAACACAAGCACGGUGGAUGCGUCUUAUGUGUUUCCUGUGAGACCAUACGGCGGAGGACGAAUCCUCAAAUACAGAAGUCUGGCAUGGAGACGUAAACAGCGGCUCACUUUUUCAUUGUUAUUUGCAUUCUGUCUCCUUAUUGUUCUUCCCCACGUGGGAAAAGCCGUGUUUACACAGCGGCCGGCCCAAGUCACCAGUGGGAGCCCUUCAUGUAAUGCCAUGUAAGACACAUUCUUGUGAUGCUGGUGGUCAGACAGGAUGCCACAUCUCCAUAUUAAUGACCUGUGCUUGGACGCAGAGCUGUAGGUCUGCAUGCAGCAUUAUGCAAGAAGCUGCCGUCUGGUAUUGAGAGCAUCUCACAGUAAUACUCCAGUAUUUUAGCAUCUUAGUUGCAAUUUUUAUUUCUAACCAAACAACAAAUAUCAAAGGACUUGUGUUAAAGCUCAGCGUUUUCGGUUUUUAUUGUUCCAAGCCAUCCACCAUGCCGAAUUUCGCCACACGAGGACACUGUUGCAUAACCUCACACGAACAGGAACAACUUUUGGCUCCGCGGAAACAUAAACUCCGGGUGAACAUCAGUUUCGGCUUCUUUUAAAAAAAAAAAUCUGGGUAUUUUUCGGUGAAAGUCGGUAAAAGCCGAAAACGCUGAGCCUUGUUUACAGUUAAGGGCGUUUCAUGAAAACGUUCUUUCACCAUGACAUACCAGCAUAGCAGAGGACCGGCGCCUUCACGGCGACGGUGUCGUGUAAUGAGCAACUACCACACAUCAAGGCAAAGGACUCGUGUUUAUAUAACUGUAGUCCACUGACUUCCGGUUCCUGCUGCGGCGGUCAUACCGGUUUCCUGUUUGCUGGCGCGCGCUACGGACUGUGGAGUUAGAAAACAACGAGACAGGAGACGUGAGAGUAGACGUAGUCGAGGUAGUUUACUAGCUCCAACUUUGCAUGUCAUACGUUCGACAACGACACUGAACUGUGUACCGGAAGCGGAAGUGCAUUAUCUGACCCUUCGCCUCUUCCCUUAAAGGUACACUGUCCUCUUAGGUGAAUGUCUCUAGUUAUAUAGAUGUGGGCCACCACAGGACGAUGGUAUAUUUUUCGCGAUGCCAGCGAGA